CCGCCGCCACUGCUACCUACUCGCCGCGGCGGCGUCAGCGGCACAUGCAUGCUACAACGCGUUUUCUGCUCCGUUUGGCAGUCGCUCGCUUAUCUCUGGCGUGAAUUGUGCUGCGCGCAGAAAGUUUCAGCUGCUGCUUCCAUCCUCUUCGUCGUGCCGUGUGCGAAACGCGCUUGUGCGGCGUCGCGUGGCUCUGCGAUACAACGCACACACGGGUGCUUGUGGGUGCGGGAAAAUAAAAAAAAUAUAUAGUACACACGGGGAAAACACAGCAGCGGGCGUUACCCGCCGCUGCCGCGGUAGUAUACGUCAGAUAGUGUGCAGUCUCGUGUUGUUGUUUACGCUGUGAGAGCUGUGUGCAGUGCUGUGCGACGUGCAGUGACUGUUGUUACUUUUAUUUUGAAAAAGUGUUGUAUUAAAAUUUGCGCGAAAAACAAACCGAACACGACAAAAUGAACGGCGACACGGCAACCAUGCACGAGCAAAUUGUUAUGACACCGAAAUGCAAAACCGCCAAUUCAACGACUAUUAUGAUCGAGAGAAGGAGACAGGCUGCAGAGCCUGUUCUCAAUGGCAAUAAGGAUGAUAUUCACAUUGCUGGUGGCGAUCACAAGGGAAUUAUUAUUAACAAGCAGAUGAUUGAUGACAAUCAUGAGAACGAACCAGCACAAAUAUCACUCAAGUUUAUAGUAUUUCUAGUAGAUGCCCAGAAUGGUACUCACAGCCAAGAGCAGCGUACUUUGUUCUUCUGGUUCCCAGAUACUUUAAUGCCUGAAAAUAGAGCUACUGUUGCGCAAGAUUUUUUCAAAGAACUUGUCAGUCCUCUUGAAUUUCCCAGAGAUUAUGUUGGCUUUAUCAAAAAAAUUAUGAAAUUAGUACAGAAUAAGUACACAAGCAUAGACCGUAUAGAAAUUGAACUCAAGCAAAUUGAUGAACCGAUUGAAUUCCCAGUAAGACCUGUGUCUACAGAUGAAACUAUAUUAGAAGGUGAACAAAAAUUAGAAUUGUCACGUGAGAAAGUUUUAGAAUUAAUUGAGUCCGCUUAUCCAAAUCCAUUAACCACUCAAGAUCUUGCUGAAGAUCAUGGUUGGGAUAUUGAAGCAAUUGCCAAAAAACUCAUUGAACUUGAGAAAGAUGGUCUUGUCAUGGCCAUGGACAAAGGUGCAUACACCAGAGCAGUGCAGAAAAACAACCAAAUCAAGGUCGUUAAACAGAUGCCUCAGCUGUCUAGCGCGAAGCAGCCGACCAUAGCGAUAAUCACGGCUCAGUACUGCGAAAAACUCGCCGUGGACUCGAUGAUCGAAAACAAAGAGACGUUUGUGCGUUACACUACCGUGGGAAGCGAGAAAGACGUCGAUAAUACGAGCUCGUCAUCAUCGUCGUCGUCUCCUACUAAUCAACUAGUGUACUCCAAUACGCUAGAGUUAGAUAACACGUCUUCCACUACUACCAAUACUACUACUACUACUACUACUACUACUACUACUACUACUACUACUACCACGACAAAACACCCACGACGACGUGUUCGUUUCGGCGAAUCAAACGUCUACACGCUGGGCGACAUCGGCGCGCACCGAAUCGUGUGCACGAAACUGCCUACGGUCGGGCAUACCCGCGAGGCCAUGACCGCCGCCGGCAACACCACGACCCGACUCCUCGGGACCUUCCAAAAAGUCGACUAUGUAUUUUUGGUGGGCGUGGGCGGUGGCGUACCCCAUUACACGGAUUACAAGCGACACGUGCGCCUCGGUGACGUAGUCGUCUCCUAUCCCAUUCGCACCCACAACAAGGUCGUCUACAUGUACUGCGAGGACGCGAGGGUUCUGUCCUCGGGCGGCUGUAUCUUCGACACUAAGGAGUAUAGCCCGACCAAUUUGUCUCUGCAGAACAUCGCCUCCGAGAUGAAGAAACAGGCGAAUCUGGACGAAGGCUUCAGUCCACCGUGGCAGAAUUACAUGCGCGAGGGCUUGAAAAAUCUGAUCAACGAGUCGGAGCACAAUUUCGAGGCUCCGCCCGCCGAGUCGGACAAGCUCUACAUGAACAUCGGCGAGCAGGACGUUAUCGAGGUAUCGCAUCCGAGCGCGCCUAAAGAUGACGCCGCUUACGCCAGGAGCGACGGCUGCCCGCAGAUUCACUUGGCGCCCAUCGCAUCGGGUCGUCGGAUUUCUCGCGACGACCAGCUCAGGCAGAAAUUCGCCAGCCGCUUCGGCUGCCUGGCCUUCGACGCCGAGAUGGACGCAGUGGUCGACAGCAUACUCGGCAAUUGCCGCGACAGUUUCGCCGUUGUGCGUGGCAUCGCCGAUUACAAGGACGGCUCGCGCGGCAAGGAAUGGCAGCCUUACGCCUCGCUCGCCGCCGCCAGCGUCGUCAAAGCCAUGAUAAGCGCCAUGGACCCACCUUCGCCAAUGAGGAAGUAAAUUUAAAAAAAAAACCGAAGUCACUCGUUGCGUUCGACACAUUAUCUUUUUUUCGCGUUUCAGUGGUUCGAUUAUGUAAUCAAAAUAAAAUAUCUUACACUUUUAUUUUGACCUUAAAUUGUAGAAAAACCAAGAUCUGGAAAAUUCUCAUCGCAUAUUUAUUUCACAUGUUUAAAGUAUUUUAGGUUUUAUCGAUAUUUAAUGUACUUUUUACGUGCGUCAUAAUUUAAUGAAUUAUUUAAACAAAAAAAAAAGAAAAGGAAAAAACGAAAAACUCAAUUUUAAGUAUAAAAAAAAUGUGGAAGUAUAGCAGAUGCAAAAUGAUAGUAAAGUAAUAAAUUUUAAUGUUCAAAAAAUAACGUCAGCUUGAAUCCAAUGCAAAAUUAAAACUUGACGAUAAAUUAAGAUAAAAGAAAAGUAAACAACAGAUGUUAGACAGCUGUGCUGUUCUAUUAUUACGUAGGUCAUAAAAUUUCUUUCCACUUGUUGAAAGUGUGUGUGCGUGUGUCAGUAUAGUUCAAACUUACAAUUAAGAAAGUGAAAAGUACGUGGUAAAAUAAAAUUUUACACUUUUAUCUUAUCGGACGUUUUCCAAGGAUUUAAGUAGACUUUUGAGAUUCUUUUUUAUACUUUUAUAAAUAUUGGAAAAUGCUUUGUAAAUCGUUUGUUGUUGUUUGUAAUAGUUUUAAGUAUUAGAAUAUUUGUCUUUAUAUAUAUUAAUAAUACUAUUGCUAUUAUCAUUGUCAUUGACACGCAAAUGAUUCAUAAAUGAACUAUUACUAUGCUUUUAAAAAUCAAUUUGCAUACAUGAUCAAAAAACUUGAAUUAUACUCGCUUUCAUUACCGCGCAUAAUAAUUAUAUAUAUUGCAUAAAACUAAAUACGUCCUUCAGUAUUUAAACUGGUGCCGAAAUACCACAGACUCUCCUGUAAUUUUAAUCUAGUAGUAUAAGGUUUAUGUAGAUACAAAAAUAAACAAAACGACCUUAACAUGCCGUGAAUCAAAAGUUGAGCGUUAUAAAUGAAUUUUAAGGAAACAUAAUUUUUUUUAGUAAGAAUUAAACCUCGCUUUCCGCUCAUUGUUCAAUCAGGUCGUAGAAUGUGAUAAAAAAUAUCAAAUGAACUCGCUACUUUUAAUGCUAUAGAUAUCAUUAUAUUUAUUCGAAUAAUUAUUGAUUGAUUCUUUAUAAUAUGUAUUUUCUAGAUUUUAAAGCUCUGCUGAUGCCAAAUCUUGGCACUUUGAAAUUGAUAAUUAUGAUUGAAUGCUUUAUAGAAAAACUGUUACGCUGUAAAUCGCUUGGUUACCAUAGGAUAAUUUAUCUACGUUAAGUGUAUUAUUGUAAUUAUAUGCCUUGUUCGCUUUUGUCAUAUGUAAUGUUUUUUAAUGCUACCCCAGCAUUCGGCUUUAGACUACAUGGUAAAUAAUAUCGCCUUUUGCUGGGGGAUUCAUGAAAAAAUUGCGCACGCAUUUAAAAAAGUAAAAAAGAAGUCUUUUGAUGACACGUUUGUCAAACUCGUUGUUACCAUUCUUUUUUACUGACUUUGGUGCGCAAUGUACUAUAAUUUGCAUGAUUAUGUUAUUUUGAAAAUUAAGCUCGGCGAGGUCGUAGUGAUGGGAACGUUCAAAUCUAAAAUAAUCCAUGGAGGCGUCGACGCCUCCACGAUAUGAUGUAGACGAACGCACCGCAAGCUCCAAAGAUUCCGUGCUCUAUUGAGCAUACAUAAAAUUCAUAAGUUAAUCGAUAAAAUCAAACUGAGAUUAUUAUAAUCAUAAUGCACCGAACUUAGGAUCUUGUAAUUGCGCCAAUCUAGUCUUUUUAGCCUCAGAUUGCUUGGGUCACAAUAAUGUCAUAUUCCUCUUAACUCCGUCUCAAAAGUAAUAAUCAAAUUCGAUACUCGCACUAUAAUCAAGUUACCGUUGCGUAUAGAAUAUAUAAGUACCAGAAACAAAUUGUUGUCACUUUGAAUCAAUCUGCGGCUCGUAUACGGUCCAAACAAUAUAUUAUAUGUAUACCGACGAAAUGUACCUUGCAUUUGAAUGGAAGUGAGUAAGAGAGAGAGAGAGAUGAUUUCGUAUCGUCCCGAGAAUCGACGCUUAUAACGGAGUGAGCUUAAUAAUGAUUACAAAAAAAACAUAUAUUAAAUGCGCUUGGAUCUGCGAUUCCGUAUAGUCUGGCUAUUUUUAGUAAUAGAGAAUUAUAUAUCUACCGAAAAAGCAUACAUGCAUAAUUUUUAAAACAGAAUAUAUUGCUGUUAAAGUACCAUAUACACGAAGUAUAUAAUAUACGUAACUCCAAGUCACGAUUUUAUCUUCUGAUACUAUUACGUAGUAAUGCAAGAAAAAACUUACACGACGUAAAGCGUGGAAAAGUAAUAAAGCUGUUUGAUCCGA